GGGAAAACGCCGCCGAAAAUGGCCUCGUUCCAUAUCCGUGCCGCACGCCCGGAGGACUGUUCUGACCUGCUGCGCCUUAUCAAGGAACUAGCCAAGUACGAGGACAUGGAGGACCAAGUCAUACUGACUGAGAAAGAUCUGCUGGAGGAUGGCUUCGGGGAGCACCCGUUCUACCACUGCCUAGUGGCAGAAGUGCCCAAGGAAGCGUGGACACCAGAAGAACAUUGUGUUGUGGGUUUUGCCAUGUAUUACUUCACUUAUGACCCAUGGAUUGGAAAACUGCUGUAUCUUGAAGACUUCUAUGUGAUGUCUGACUACAGAGGGCUUGGCAUUGGUUCAGAAAUUUUGAAGAAGCUGAGUCAGGUUGCUGUUAAAAGUCGCUGCAGCAGUAUGCACUUCCUGGUGGCAGAAUGGAAUGAACCUUCCAUUAGGUUCUAUAAGAGAAGGGGUGCCUUGGAUCUGUCGACUGAGGAAGGGUGGAGACUCUUCAGAAUUGACAAAGAAUACUUAUUGAAAAUGGCAACUGAAGAGUGAAAUUGUUCCAGCACAUGACAAAUCCUAUCCGCGAAUUAUACUUUGAAUAAAUUCUUGCCUUAUUCUUGCUUUGUGUACAGUCUGUAGUGAAAUAAAUAGCACAGAUGUUCAAGAGCUUUACCAGUGCUGAGAGUAGUACUAUAGCUACUGUACCCCAGAGUUGACAGCUGUGAAGUCCAGUUUUUUUGCUUGUAUACAUCUUUCACUAGUGUGGGCUUGUGAUCUUUAAAUAUAUAUUGAAUAAAACUUCAUUCUUGUAAGUGUAAUGCAAAUGUGUACAAUGUACACACGGGUAGGGUUUGUUUCAGCUUCAUUUUAUAAGAAUAUAGUAUUUUCAUGUUCAUUUUGUGUGUGUAAAAAUAAAGUAGUUUUCUUCACUAUG